AUGAGUUCAUCAAUAGCGAACGCUGCAGAUGUUGCCGAGCGUGUCGAGUAUCUUGCUCGAGCGCUUGCCAAGACUACCCAUCUUGAUCCCCUCGAAGGAACAGAAUGGGACAGGGUCGUGGCCAUCUACUCUUUAAACACCCUUCUAAUGAGCCAGGCUGAUUACAUACCCGUCACUCACGCUGUCCACCGUCUUGAUGGAAUUGUCACUCCUGCAAGUGCCGCUCACUCUAUUUCCGAACUUGAACAUCAGCUACGUUCUUCUGGGGCCAAGGCAUUGUUUACUUGUGUGCCCUUACUCGACAAUGCGCUGAAAGCAGCACGAGCCGUCGGGAUCCCAGAGAAGAACGUUUUCCUUCUUCCAGUACCUGGAUUUUCAGCACCCAGCAAUGUAAAGACUAUCGAGGACUUGAUCUUUGAAGGAAAGACCUUACCACCUGUGUCUGUUCAGAAAUGGAUCCCAGGACAAGGAAAGAGACAAGUGGCCUAUUUGUCUUACUCGAGCGGCACAUCUGGACUUCCGAAAGCCGUAAUGAUUUCUCAUUACAACGUGAUUGCAUGCAUUCUCAUGAUAAACACGUUUGAACAAGGGGAUAAUCGAAAAGGCGGCUUGAACACCCAGGUUUCUCUCGGCGUGCUCCCUUUCAGUCAUAUUUACGGCCUCGUGGUUGUAGCCCACGUCGCGCACUACCGAGGAGAUGAGGUCAUCGUUCUUCAGAAGUUUCAGCUCGACCAACUGCUGGCAGCGAUCCAGCGAUUCAAGAUCGAGGUGUUAUACGUUGUGCCGCCCAUACUUGUUCAGCUCCUGAGCAAUCAUGACAAGUGCAAGAAAUACGAUCUCAGUAGUGUUCGUCUUGCUUUCUCAGGAGCUGCUCCUUUGGGCAGCGAGGCGAGCCACAAGAUGUUGGAACUCUUCCCCACGUGGAAAAUCAGCCAAGGCUAUGGUCUGACGGAAGCUUCACCCUCAGUUUUACACAGCAGCGAAACAGACUCGUUAAUGGGGUCCUCCGGUUCGCUACUCCCAGGUGUCAAGGCCAAGAUCAUCGAUCAAUAUGGCAAAGAAGUGACUGAACACGAGACACCAGGCGAGCUAUACGUGCAAUCACCCAACGUGACUCUAGGAUACUUGAACAAUGCGAAAGCCAACGCUGAGACGUUUGUAUGGGACAAAGACGGACGAUGGCUCAGGACAGGCGACGAAGUGCUUGUGCGGAAGUCUCCCGCCGGCUUUGAGCUUUUUGUCGUUGUGGAUCGGAUCAAGGAACUAAUCAAAGUCAAGGGUCAUCAAGUAGCCCCAGCUGAGCUUGAGGCUCAUCUCCUCGACCAUCCCCAUGUUUCUGACUGUGCUGUCAUUGGGAUCCAUGACGAUAGAGCAGGUGAAGUACCGUUGGCAUUUGUGGUGAAGAGUAAGGAAGCCAGCAGUCUAUCAACAGAAGAAGUUGAAAAGGCCAUCCAUGACCAUGUUCAGAGCCACAAGGCAAGGCACAAGUGGUUAAAGGGCGGCAUUAACUUUCUUGAACUCAUUCCCAAGUCUCCCAGUGGGAAGAUCUUGCGACGAUUGCUGAGAUCUCAUGCUGUUCCCGUAGACAAGAAGGACCUGGCAAAGCUCUAG